CCGUAGCCAGCUCGCUACCCGCUGAGCGCUGGCUGGUGAGGCAGCUCGCCGAAGCGAUUGAUCCCCCAUCAAAUAACGUUAAAGCUCGCCUCCUGAAUGGCGGAUUAACACGGCUAUCGGAAGGGACACUGUAAAUCAAUGCUUGUGACUCGGGCGCGUUUAGGGAGUGCGUUGGCAACACCCUCCGUAACAUGUGAGAUGUGCAGAGAAAGAUAUUAACUGUGCGUUAUUUCGGCUAACUAGCUAGCAGCUACCCCCGUCUCAAUCCAAUUAAUGGUAGCUCGCUCGGUCUGUUUUCUUCCAAGCGUCGCGUCUGUAACGGGGGGGGGAGGAAACAUGAAGAAGUUUAACAUAAGGAAGGUGCUGGACGGCUUGACAGCGGCGUCUUCUUCUUCCUCCUCCGCAACUGCUCAGCCGGGUACUCCCAGGGAAAACGAUGUUGUCCAGGAGACUCUCCAGUCGGAACAUUUUCAGCUGUGCAAGACCGUGCGUCAUGGCUUUCCAUAUCAACCGUCCUCGAUGGCUUUUGACCCCGUGCAGAAAAUCCUGGCCGUCGGGACUCAGACCGGAGCUUUGAGGCUGUUCGGCCGUGCCGGUGUGGAGUGCUACUGUCAGCAUGAGAGCGGGGCUGCUGUCAUCCAGCUCCAGUUCCUCAUCAAUGAGGGGGCGCUGGUGAGUGCCUUAGCUGAUGACAGCAUCCAUCUGUGGAACCUGAGGCAAAAAAUUCCAGCUAUCCUGCAUUCUCUCAAGUUCAACCGGGAGAGAAUCACAUACUGCCACCUGCCCUUCCAGAGCAAAUGGCUGUACAUCGGCUCAGAGCGAGGAAACAUCCACAUCGUCAACGUGGAGUCCUUCACCCUCUCAGGCUAUGUCAUCAUGUGGAACAAAGCCAUCGAAUUAUCCACCAAGACGCACCCAGGGCCUGUUGUGCACAUUAGUGAUAACCCCAUGGACGAGGGCAAGCUUCUGAUUGGAUUUGAGUGUGGGGUCGUGGUGUUGUGGGAUUUGAAGUCCAAGAAGGCUGACUACCGCUACAAUUAUGAUGAGGCGAUCCACUCGGUUGCUUGGCACCACGAGGGGAAACAGUUUGUCUGCAGCCACUCCGAUGGUACUCUGACCACGUGGAAUAUACGCGCCCCGGCUAAGCCUGCACAGAUCAUCACGCCACAUGGAAAGCAGCCUAAGGAUGGAAAAAAGCCAGAGCCGUGCAAGCCUAUUCUAAAAGUGGAGUACAAAACUACAAGAGCUGGGGACCCGUUCAUGGUUCUGUCCGGAGGGCUGUCGUACGACACAGUGGGGAGGAGAGCCUGUUUGACUGUGAUGCACGGGAAGAGCACUGCCGUCCUGGAGAUGGACUAUCCCAUUGUAGAUUUCAUAACGCUCUGCGAAACUCCAUAUCCAAACGACUUUCAGGAGCCUUACGCAGUGGUGGUCCUCCUCGAGAAGGAUUUAGUUGUAAUAGAUCUUGGACAAAUUGGGUAUCCGAUAUUUGAGAGCCCCUACCCUCUCUCCAUCCACGAGUCACCGGUGACGUGUUGCGAGUAUUUUGCCGACUGCCCCUCUGAACUCAUUCCUGCACUUUACUCUGUCGGCAGCCGGCAAAAGCGACAAGGCUACAGCAAGAAGGAAUGGCCCAUUAGUGGUGGAAACUGGGGCCAAGGCACACAGACUUACCCAGAGAUUAUCAUCACAGGGCAUGCCGAUGGGUCAAUCAAAUUUUGGGAUGCUUCUGCGUUAAUGCUUCAAGUACUGUACAAGCUGAAGACUGCCAAGGUGUUCGAGAGGGCCCGGGGUAAGGAGGAGAAGCCGAGCACCGACAUCGUGGACGAGGACCCGUUUGCCAUCCAGACCUUGUUCUGGUGUCCGGAGAGCAGGAUGCUGUGCGUGGCUGGAGUUUCUGCGCACGUCAUCAUCUACAGGUUCAGCAAACAGGAAGCCACCACUGAAGUUGUUCAGCUGCUGGAGGUUCGGAUGCAGUGCGAGUUCAGCGAGGCCGACUCCCCCGAUCCGGGCGGAGAGCAGACCCCCACCCUGCCGACCUCCGCAGCUUCCUCCAGCCCUCAGGAGGCCGAGCCCCCGAACCAGCUCACUGCAGGUGUCAACUCCUCCGAAGGAGCCAGAGACAAUAUACCAUGCCUUCAGGUGCGGAGCUCCCCGCUGAAGCAGUCUCCGGGCUACCAGGUGGAGCUGGUGGUCCAGCUGGUGUGGGUGAGCGGGGAGCCGCCUCAGCAGAUCACCAGCCUGGCAGUCAACUCCUCCUUCGGCCUCGUGGUGUUCGGGAACAGCAACGGUCUGGCAGUGGUGGACUACGUCCAGAAGACCCUGCUGCUCAACCUGGGCACCUCGGAGCUGUACAGCCCGUCGGACCCCUGCCAGAGGCAGCCUCGCUCCCCGCGGAAACCACGCCAGCCUUCUGGAGGAUUUUGCGACUCCAACGACGGGUCUAACAACUCAGAGGACCGGUGCAAAUCACCCACGUCAGGAUCUACCUCACCCUACAAUUCAGACGAUGAACGAAAACAGAACUUCAUAGAGAAGGUGAAGUUAAAAAGCAGACGCUUUUCCAAGACGGUUGCCAAUGACUUUGCCAAGAUGUCGCGGAAAAUUAGCUCGUCUGGUGAGCAAAAGCUAGAUCUGGAUGUGUCUGCCCCGGACGCAGAGGAUCGCUCCCACCGGUGGUCCCCUUGGUUGUGCAAAUGGCCCGUUGGUAGUAUGAAAAAUGGCAAGCUGGCGGCCAGGAUGACCCGGAAGUUGAAUGUGCAUAAAACUAAGUCAGACCCGCACCGAUAUGGGAAGGAUAACGCAUUCACCCGCUCGCGUAGCUCAAGCGUAACCAGCAUAGACAGAGAAUCUCGAGAGGCCAUCUCCUCCUUUUACUUCUGCGAGAGUUUCCCCAGGAAGUCGGGCAGCCUGGCCAGCCCCUGUCUGCUGGUGGGGACCACGCAGGGCUCCGUGAUGAUGGUGGCCCUCAGCCUGCAGCCGGGCGGCGACCAGAAGCUCCAGCAGCCGCUCAACUUUGCCUCCUGCGGCACCUUGGUCCAACUCAAAGGAGGCAUCCUGACCAUGGCCCUGCUGGAUGCUGCUGGAACUAUGCUGCCCCCUUCCUGUGAAGCGUGGUACGACCCCAACGCCUCCGACGAAGAGAAAGAGAAAGAGAAGACCCGGAGGCGCAGGCCGGCCACGCCUCCGUCCUCACAGGAAGGCCAGGACUCCCAGUUUGCCGUGCUGUGUUCGGAGAAGCAGGCCAAUGUUUUGGCCAUGCCGUCCCAAACCAGCAUCUACAAACACAACAUCACAGAGACCUCGUUUGUGCUGCGCGCCGACGUGGUGCAGAUGGCCGGGGCUUACUGCAUCGCCUGUUUCUGUGCCAACGGCCACAUUAUGACCCUGAGCUUGCCCAGUCUGCGGCCUCUGCUGGACAUCAACUACUUGCCGCUGACAGAUAUGCGGAUAGCCAGAACGUUUUGCUUCUCUAACUUGGGCCAGGCUCUGUACCUGACCUCCCCCACCGAGAUCCAGAGGAUCACCUACAGCCAGGAGACGUGCGACAACCUUCAGGAAAUGCUCAGCGAGUUAUUUACCCCCGUGGAGACGCCGGAGGCUCCGAACAGAGGCUUUUUCAAAGGCCUUUUUGGUGGAGGAGCUCAGUCUUUGGACAGGGAAGACCUCUUCGGUGAAACGGCGGCCGGUAAGGCCUCGCGUAGCCUGGCCCAGCACAUCCCAGGCCCGGGCAGCAUGGAGGGCAUGAAGGGUGCAGCGUCCGGGGUGGUGGGCGACCUCGCCCGUGCCCGGGUGGCGCUGGACGAGAGAGGGCAGAAACUGGGAGAGCUGGAGGAGAGGACGGCAGCCAUGAUGGCCAGCGCGGAGUCCUUCUCGAAACACGCCCACGACAUGAUGGUGAAGUACAAAGAUAAAAAGUGGUACCAGCUCUGAUGACAGCGAGCGGAGCGCUGGACUCUGUUGUCAUGCACACCAGUAUCUCCGGGGAGCUGGGGUUCCUCCUCUUAUAUUCUCUCUUUUUUUUUUUUCCGCGCGGGCGGCCGGGCGGGCUGGGGUUGCUCUGCUCAACAGAAUCAUGCUCUUUCUCUCAGCACAAUAAUCUUCACUCUCCAUUACUCCAGUCGACAGAGAGGAGGAGCGAACUCCUUGGCUUCUCUUCCUCCGUUUCACCCGACAGUGAUAGAAGAUCGAAAUAUAUCCACACCUGUUGCUUGUCGAGCAAAGACAGGAAGGGAGGAGGGACAGUUCUGCAAAUAUAAUGUACUCUGGGUGGCCUGGCUGCACUUUCCCAGCCCCCUUUGUUUCCUUUCUAAGCCCUUUAUUGUGUCUGCCAAACACAGCGAACUUAAACGAGGAGAAAAGUCUGAUCCUUCGAAACGAAUCGAGUGAACACGUGAGGUUCCACAGGAGUGACUGGGAAGGACUUCUGUUUCGUUUUUCUGUUCUGAAUCAUCCUUUUUCUCCGGUUUAGCCAUCUAGAAAGAGCCUUGAAGCACUUAGAGUAGUAGAGUAGAUAAGUUGGACAAACAGAUGCUGGAUCUGUUGCCUCUUAACUGAACAAGGGCUGGUAGUUCAGUAGUUUGCCGUCGUCCUUUUCACAUCUACCGAGUCGCUUUUUGGGCGAGAAUGUUUUCUGAGUCACUUUGGGUUUUUAUUUAAGGUAGAAAAAUAUUUUGGCAUUGAAGAUUGUGUGUUGGGCAUUAAAAGUUAUGUGAGCGCAAAAAAAAAAAAAAAGUGCUAAAAAUGUUUACCCCCAAUGAAGAGUUUACAUCGUUCUCUAACAAAUGGGUUGAGACACUGGAAAACCCCCGAGUGCUGUAGUCAGAUCUUGUGACAGGCUAAACAAAGAUUGUCGGUAGUUUAACAAGGAUAAAUGUUUGUGGGUUGUUUUUUUUUUUUUUAGAAGUUUUCUGGGAUAAAAAUCAACCUUUUUUUCAUCCUGGUGUAGCUGAAGAUAAUUUUUGUCUUUUUUUUUCAAGAAAAAGUGUGUUUCUCUUACAGCACAAUGGAAGUGGUGAUGCUGUUUGUGUUGGUAGACAUGACCGAGCACAGUCACUUGCUCACUGUGCCACAGCUUGUCUCUCUAUGAACUGCUCUUUUAAACACUCUCUCUCUCUUUUUUUUGUUUUUGUUUGUUUGCCUUUGCCUCAUGAAGCGUAAACGCCAACUUCUAGCUAUGUGUACGCUACUGUGACUUGCAAAAGUAUUCAUCCCUCGUGAGCUUUUCCUCGUCAAAGAAGCGGGUAGCUGUGGAGGUUUAGGAGUGUUUUAGAUGGUUUUCGUGUUUACAAAUUCAAAUCUGUAAAUUGUGGUAUGUUUUGGUUUUCAGCCCCGUCUUUAUUAUGAUUUUUUUUGGGUGUGUGAUUUUUAACAUUUCAACCAACGUUGACUAGCUCAUUCUCACAAAGCAUACAUCAAACCUUUGACUGUAUGCUUUGGCUCGUCGCCGCUCUUCGCCACAGAACUCUGUUGCGGCCUUUGUUCAAUACAAAAAGUCCCACAGGAUGAUACUCCCACCACCGUGGUGUUUUUAGGGUGACGUGCAAUGUUUCUGACUCCAGUUUGCUGUGAGAUGUUCAAAACUGAAGCUUCUCCGCAGUUGUAUCCCCGGCCUGUCCCUUAUCUUUUUUUGGUCUUUGCGAAAUUUGUUUGCAAUUGCUCUUCACAGAUCAGCCAUAUUUUAUUCCAAGCUUAAACUACACGCAGUUCCACUCCUUUUGCUAAUUAGGUGAUUUAUUAGUCACCUAAUUAGUUGCACUUUUUAUUUAGUGGUAUCAUAUCAUAAAAAAGAGGCUGAACAGGCAAUAGAUUUUCAUUAAGGACAAUGAAGUUUGUGACUUAGUGAAGUAUAAAAAAGGUUCCAAAGGGUGUGAAUACUUUUGCUAAGCGUUGUACAGGUUUGUGUUUGUGAACAUGCGUAUACGAAGGAAUAUGUGUAGUACGGCCGCUUUAUUGAUGCAGUGCAUUACAUCAGAUCUCUACAGGUUUAAUUCAUUUUUGCUGGAGUGUUUUGUCGAAAAAGACUCAACCUUUUUGUUUCCUUUCACAAGCUGCAAGGACCUGCUGCUGUUGUACGCCAACAUAGGAGAAGCAAAACUUCGUCAGGCCAAAUUGCUGCCAAAUGUUGUAAAUAGCGCGACGGUUUGACGCGAAUCUGAGCUUCGGCAACAAUGUACGCUUGCGGCCAUGUUGUUUUCUGACACCAAAGAGUUACCUUUAUUUCACAGAGUUGUCUUUAUUUAUGUGUUUUUCCCCUCCGGAAUACUAAGAGCGUAUUUUGACACUCGUCGAAGUCUACUGUGUACACAAAGGAGAGCAGACUGACUUUUUUUUGUUUGUUUUUUUUGGGGGGUGGAGGGAUUUGUUUUUCUCGUAUAAGCACGACACUUUUCUCACCACCUCGACCUGUUUUUAUUUAUUUUAUUUUUUUCUGUUCAGAAAGGUGAGCAGCAAUAGCUGCAGGAGUUUCUUUCCAAACUGAUUGAUCCACCGGAGAGAAAAAUCCAGAACCGUCGGCUGGAAAAGACGGAAACGUCUCAACCCUGCGGUGGAUUACGCAGCAGUUUUCAAAGAAACCCUUCACUUGUCAGACAGCUGAUUUUAAUCUACUCCACCUCAUACUACUGAGAUAAACCCAUGUGGAAGAGAAAAACAUAUGUGGGUUUUGCACUAUUUUUUGUACUCUGUAAAAUUUUGCUAUGAUUUUCAAUGUGUCCCAUUUUCCUUUUUUUUUGGAAGGACAAAAACAUCGUAAACUUGUGCUUAUUUAUAUCAUUCGCUGAUUACGAUGAUUUUUUCAUUCUCAGAUUUUGUUCAUGUCCGAUUAAAGAAACUAUAAAAUAUUUAUAUUUUAAAACAAAACAAAAAAUAAUAAUAUAUAUGUACAGUAUAUAUAAAUGAAUAUAUACUUUUAUUUCAACAAUCUAUUAAAAUAAGUACCUUUAUGUCAUUUUGAGAUGGAGGAAGUGACGUUUAUGUCCAACCAAUGGCUCUUCAUAACUCGUCGUCAUUCAGAAACCAUUUUCCUGUACGUAUCCAAGUCGCUCAUCCGAUUUUAAAGCUUUGCUACUGCAGCAGGAUCGCCUCCUUCUGCUGGGCUGUUUCUACGAAAAGUGUGGCCUCGACUUUAAAAGUGCUUCAGUUUGCAACUUGUACGUCCUAAAUGGCCUCUUAUUGCACAUUGAAGGAUGCAUGAUAUUACGUGUUUACAAACUUGAAACGACCAUGUAUUAUCCCUCUUAGAGAUCGUCUGCUCUGGCAUUUGUAUUUAGCACCACGUUGAACAAAAAAUCCUGCAGUUUUUCGUUUCGCCUCCCUCAUCCGAUCAUGCGGUCACCGUUUGCUUCAGAGAACUUCUUGCUUUCCCUCCCUCUGCGCUGUAGAAACGCGUCCCGCAGUCGAGCAUCGUGCCGGAGAGCUCUCGCCAUACUUCCAUCCGUCUUCUGGGAUGACGAACAUCUGUGGAGUUGCAGUAUUUUGUUUGGCAAAAAAAAAAAAA